CGUGGGGGAGCGCUUGUAAUUAAAAACACCUGAAUGGACGUUUCUGAUGAUUUCAGUGGGACAACAACAUUAAUCACGGGUUUCAUCACUGGAUCUUGUGUUGUGAGAUGUAAAGUCCCCUGUUAUGUGUCCGGCUGUGCCGUGUUGUUGGUGGAGUGGCCAGCGUGGUGUUUGUCUCGAUUCGGGUCACAACACCAGAAUUGCCAGCGGUGUCAACAGAAAACCUCUCGUCCCUGCAGUCUUUGUCUCAUGGUAAACUCAACACCCUGACAAUGUGGACCACAGAUACCCCUUCCUCUUUAAAGUCAGUAAUUCAUUCAGGCAGCUGAUCGCUGAGAGGAAUUAUAUUUAUUGGUCAUUAACGUUCGCCCAGAUUCGUUUGGACAGAUUUGAUGUGGAGUUCGGGGUGUCACAGUGAAAGGGCCGUAGGGCCGAACACUCUCCGUUGUCCAAACAUCCUUCCAGUCUUGAAGUGUGGUUCAGCUGGAAACGUCGACUGUCGACUCUUUACGAUAGAUGCUGCCGGGCCUGCUGAGUUCACCUCCCCGUUGUCCCUCCCGCCUCCGGACACUGGGGGCGCUGUAUUGACCUCCGGCCACUGGUGGCCAUGUGUACCUCCGACCGCUGGUGGUGCUGUGGAGAACGUCCUGAUAAACGCAUGCGCACUGCCGAAUGAAGCUGUCAUUGGCGGUUCACCGACUCGAGCGGGGUGCUUCAUUAUCAUUUAUGUUAAAGUUAGACCUGUGGUGAGAGAUUUAUUGGAAGAAAAGCCCACAACUGGAAGAAAACCACGACUGAAGACGAGGGAUCAACAGCAAGUGAACCAGCCCUAGGACUGAGAGAACCGACUGGAGAGAACCCAUCUGACUCGGAGAUUCCAGUGAUUCAGUCAGGAGAAAGUUUGGUUAAAAAUAACAAGGAAUUUGUCUACGGGAAUCUCAGACAGAUCACGCCAGUUUUGCUGUCUCUGUCCAGAUAUUGAAGAAGUGGAGCAAGGGAUUCACUCGAUCAUCCUUCCUGCUCAGACUGUGGGGAGGGAUUCACUCGGUCAUUUCAACUGAAUGUACAUCAGCAAGUUCACACUGGGACAAGGCCAUUCACCUGUUCUGUGUGUGAGAACGGAUCCAGUAGUCUUCCCACCUGUGGACACACCAGUCAGUUCACACUGGGCAGAAGUAGGUCAUCUGCUGAAUUUGUGAGGAAAGAUUCAUUCGGUCAUCUGACAUAAUGGCUCACCAUCGAGUUCACACCGGGGAGUGGCCGUUCACCUGCUCAGACUGUGGGAAGGGAUCCACUUGCUUAUCUAACCUGAAGGUACAUCAGCGAGUUCACACUGGAGAGAGGCCGUUCACCUGCUCGGACUGUGGGAAGGGAUUCGCUCAGUCAUCCUCCCUCGUGGCACACCAGGGCGUUCACACUGGGGAGAGGCCAUUCACCUGCUCGGACUGCGGGAAGGGAUUCACUUGCUCAUCUAACCUGAAGGUACAUCAGCGAGUUCACACUGGGGAGAGGCCAUUCACCUGCUCAGACUGUGGGAACGGAUUCACUCGGUCUGCCGACCUAAUAGCUCACCAUCGAGUUCACACUGGGGAGAGGCCGUUCACCUGCUCAGACUGUGGGAAGGGAUUCACUCGGUCAUCCACCCUAAUGAUACACCAGCGAGUUCACACCAAGGAGCAGCCGUUCACCUGCUCGGACUGCGGGAAGGGAUUCAAUUGCUCAUCUAACCUGAAGGUACAUCAGCGAGUUCAUACUGGUGAGAGGCCGUUCACCUGCUCAGACUGUGGGAAGAGAUUCACUCGAUCAUCUGACCUAAUAGCUCACCAUCGAGUUCAUACUGGAGAGAGGCCAUUCACCUGCUCGGACUGUGGGAAGGGAUUCACUUGCUCAUCUAACCUGAAGGUACAUCAGCGAGUUCACACUGGGGAGAGGCCAUUCACCUGCUCAGACUGUGGGAAGGGAUUCACUCAGUCAUCUCAACUACAGAAACACCAGCGAGUUCACACUGGGUAGAGGCCAUUUACCUGCUCAGACAUUAGGGUGAGAGUUUCUCUCAGCCAUCUCCAUCAAAUGUGCAUCAGCUAGUUCACACUGGAGAGUAGCUGUUCACCUGCUGUGAUUGUUGGAAGUGAUUCACUCAGUCAUCUCGGCUUAUGUAACUCUCGCUUCGGCUAGCAGCUUAAUAUAGGGGGUAAUAGCCCCCCAGCCCACCCAAACUUGAGAAAUCUUGUUUGGGUGGAUGGUGUGUGAUGUGUUCCCUGUUACAAAUCAGUUCCCUGAAAUAACAAACAGUACACAAUAUCCGAUUAAACUAUUGAGCUUUAUAAUUCUUACUUUGACUAUAGGGUUAGUAAAGUUAAACAUAAGAAGAAAAAGGGCCCACUCUCUCCAUUCACGUCUUCUCAUCUCUCCCUUGCGAAAGACCACAAAUUCCCUCUUCCAAACUCACAAGAAAGAACUUUUCUAUCAUCGGAUAGCCCCGCACUCCAUAACCCGUAUCUCUAGUCAUAAUAUAAACAUUGCUGCUACAGAGAAACCAUUACCUCAGGAGUGAAACAUUACAGAGAGGCCAUUACAUUAGCAGUGAAACCUUACAGCAUGUUACACUUGUGACACACUGUUCACACUGAGGAGAAAGUUUCAACAAGCUGCAUACUAGAUCUCUGUUGCUGAAUGCAAUUUCGAGAGUGACUGUCUGUGCUGAACUCUGCAAUUAUUGCUCUGCUCACCACACCCAGUUCUGCACCCUGGUCACUGGGCAUGGGAGGAGUUUCUUCUGCUGCACAUUCACCUUUAAUGGGACUGGAGUUUAAUAUUCUGGAUCUUAGACAAAUAAAUCAGUUCUAU